UGGCAGGUACAUAUGUGUAAUAAGCUUGCUAGUCGGCACGUGCGAGUAGGUCUGGCAAAUCCCAGUGACGUUCCUUGCUGUGACAUAUGUGAAAAUGCACCUGCUUUCUUUUACUGUGAAGUAGAUGGAAGUUCGCUUUGUUUGCAAUGUGAUGUGAGCGUUCAUGUUGGAGGUAAAAGAACGCAUAGAAGAUUUCUUCUGCUAAGACAAAGAGUUGAGUUUCCAGGUGAUAGUACAGUAGCUGUAGACCCAAAUUUGCAAGCAGUAGAUGGAAGUGACGAGAUCAAGAAAGAACAAAAUCAGCACCAACAAUCUAAUAUGAAUCAGAUGACAAAGGGAGAGAAUCAACAAAAUCCUGGAAAUGCAAAGAUAGACAAUAAAAUGAUUGAUUUGAAUAUGAAGCCCCUUCGAUUUCAUGAACAAGCUCCAAACGAUCAGGUUAGCUAUUUGUAA